CUACCAUCGUCCGACUUCAAAACAAGGACGAUGGAGAGAUUAAACUAAAGUUUUCGUAGAAAAAUGCGACGUUUUUGUACUUAAACAAGCGCGAUCUUCAAACCUGAGAUCUGUAGGUAGUUUGCAGGUAUCCCACGGCCGUUCUGCGGUCCAAACAUGACCACGAAAAGUGUAAAAAUGUGCCGAAAUGGAGACGGCUUUUUCCCACCGGUUAAUGUUGUUGUGAAUCCAAGAGAUAUCCGAAGCAUGGAUGCUUUUCUUGAUCGUGUCACUCAAGCCACACGGAUGGGAAAUGCCGCAAGGAAAGUGUGUACGCCGAGGAAAGGACACAAGAUUGAAGACCUGACGAAGCUAAUUUCUGGGGAGACUUACGUAGCAGUCGGUCGAGAGGCGUUCAAAAAUUUAGAAUACGGGAAUAUUCGUAUACGAAGACCCGUCGUUCAACAUCGCGAGAUCAAGAUUGAACCUGUGAAACACAGUAGAAUUUUGAUGUCUGCAAGAUGUCGUAAAGUUGCACUUUGGGAAUCGUCUGGACUGAAAACCAUUUACGUAUAUCGGAACGGUGAUGAUAAACAACCCUCGCAUAAAAUCCUCUUGGAUCGCAGGACUCUGUUAAACAUGGACAAGGUGUUGGAGCUUGUUACGGAGCGAGUUAAGUUGGAAAGUGGAGCUGUUUUUGCCCUCUGCACGAUGCUUGGAAAAGAGGUGAACACUACGUCCGAACUCGUCAACGGAGAAAAAUAUGUUGCUGUGGGGCAUGGAAAAAGGUUCAAAAGAACUGGUUACAACGAUAAGCACAAAACGUCUCCCAACAACUCACCUCGAAGGGCAAAAGGAAAGCCAAGAGAUAACGCUCUCGAAAAGAAGUUAUUGUCAUCUUCAAAAGCGGAAGAAAAGCAAAAAGAGAAAGCAGCCAGCGUGGAAAACAAAACUAAAAAUGUCGAAGUCAAAGGAAAAUCUUUGAACACUCACAAUUCAUCCAACAAAAUUCAAACAUCACAGCCCGUGGAAAGCGACAGCAUCAACACGUAUGAAGAAACAUCCGAACAACUGCCUGAGACCUCGACGGACGCAACACACGAUGCUAAUGUGGAAAGAUCACAUGAAAAUGUUUUUAAAGCAAGCGGUGCAAAAAGCGAGAAAGCAAAACAAGUUGAAGAUGACAAAGAAGUCAAAAUAGAGAAGCCAAUCGAUCAGGUACCAGCUGAGGAAGUCCUUGAGGACAUUGUUGAUCAAAAUCCAUCGCAAGACGAACAGCAGAAUGAAGAACCGCAGGAACAGGUGAGGCUAUCUUCUGAGGAGAAUGUGAAUGGUGAAGAAAAUGCAACCGCCGUAGACAAAGAAUGAUUAUUAUAUAUUGAAUGAUGUCAUCAUUACUCUUCCACAUAAAGCGUUUCCAUGACAACAUGUACAGAGAGAUUGUCAAGUUGUAUAUAAUCUAAAACUCAUCAUUUAGCCAGUGACCAUGCACCGUGAUGUAGAAGGGAAAUAAAUCGAUGUUUAUAUAUUUAAAGCCAUAUUUAGGCUGCAUAAAUGUUAUAAGUCUCCAAGCUUCGCUGUGUGGUAUAACAUAUGUAUAGUUCAGUACGGCUUGGCCCGAAUAUUAAAGUUUGGU